GCACUUUGCGUGCACCAACCAGCAAAGUGCGAGAUUUUUCCAGAAAGUUCCCCAGCCUGUAAACUUAUUUAACUCAUAUAGCUCUUGCUUGGAAUGUUUCAUCAGCAGAACGAACCUUUUUUCUUGUCACAUUUCCAUUCAGCGUAUCCCAAUCUAUUUCACUUAUAUUAGUAUACGAUGGUUCUCUCUACUAUAAGCAUUGCCUGUGGUAACCACCUAGGCUUGCGCCUCAGUUCUGCGCUCGGUUCUCGUCUUGCCUGCCGUUCCUUCCACGUUUCCCACAGGUCCCUCCUCGACGAUCCAUACAAAACCCUCGGUGUGGGCAGCUCCUCCUCCACAUCCGACAUCAAAAAGGCAUACUAUAAGCUUGCCAAACAGUUCCACCCGGACGUGAACAAGGAAGAGGGUGCUGAAAAAAAGUUCCACGACAUCCAAGGCGCAUACGAAAUCCUUUCUGACGCAGACAAAAAGGCGCAGUACGACCAGUUCGGGCCAUCGGCGUUCAGCGAAAACGGUGGACAGGGUUUCGGACAAGGCGGGUUCCACAACGGGAAUCCGUUCGCCGGGCAGGGCGGUGAUCCGUUUGCCGGGUUUGGUAACAUUAACUUCGAGGAUAUCUUUGGUGCGGCGUUUGGUCAAGGAGGGAGAGGCAGAGCAGGCCCAACAGUGGCGAACUACGUGGGUGACAAUAUCGAGAUCCUCAAGACGAUUUCGUUCAAGGAGUCGAUCUUCGGCACCAAGUUGAAGAUCGAUUAUAACGCGUUGGACGAGUGCCACACGUGCGACGGCUCUGGGUUAAAAACUGGCAAGAAGAAGACCACAUGUCCAAGCUGUAACGGAACGGGGCAGGCGGUUCACUACGUCGCUGGUGGCUUCCAGAUGGCAUCCACCUGCAGAACGUGUCAGGGUCUGGGGGUACACAUCCCGAAGAAGGACGCGUGCGGCGACUGCCACGGGCACGGGGUUACCGAUGGUGGAAAAUCAACGUCGAUCGACCUUCCAUGCGGUUUGUCUGAUGGUACCAAAUUGCGAGUUCCGGGCGAGGGUGACGCGCCGAAUGUCACCAAGGGGCCGAAUGUGAAAGUUUCCAAGGGUGACUUGAUUAUUCGUAUCCGUGUGAACCCGCACAAGGAGUUCACGCGCGACGGUGACUCCAUUAUCUACAAGGCGGAGAUUCCAAUGACCACCGCGGCGCUUGGGGGUCAGAUCACCGUGCCGACGAUUGACGACAAGAGCGUCAAGAUGAAGAUCCCUGCCGGGACGCAGCACGGCCGCAUCAUCACCAUGCCGGGUCAGGGUGUGCCAAUCAACCGCAACAUCAACAAUAGGGGCGACAUGAAGAUUGUGGUUUCCGUCAAGACUUUGAGACCAGAGACCGCCACGCAGACGGCCUUGUUGGAGGCUUUGGCGGACGCGUUCAACGAUCCGUCCGCUAAGAAGUUGGAUCCAAACUGGAAGGCCGAGAGUGACGAGCCAGUGGACCACCCGAGCAAGUUGAAACGGAUCGAGGACUUCUUGAGUGGCACCUUUAAGAAGCUCACUGACAAGAAGGAGUAG